ACUUCAUGCAUCACACCUAUUAUUAGCAAUAUGUGUAAAAGAAAAGGAGGUAGAUUCAGCAAAAAUGAAUUGUUAUGAAGAUGAAGGGGUUAUGAUUUUUAGGAAUGGUGAAUAUAAUCCACACGAAAUUAAUUACUUUAAAAUAUUAUAUACAUAUGACGAGAUGUUGAUAAUCGGGGGAAGAAAUAAACUAUAUAACAUUAACGUUAAACUGCUAGAGGAAGAUGUGAUUGAAUGGAGAUCGGAAGAAAAAAAUCAAUAUGUAUGCAUACAGAAUCAUAAUCCAGCAGACGAAUGCCAUAAUUAUUUGAGGGUAUUUGUUGAAGUAACACUCGAAAUCUUUUUGAUAUGCGGAACAAAUGCUUAUGAUCCAACAUGCAGAGAAUACUUAAUUAGUAAUGGAGAGAAAAAAGUAACUGAAGAAUUUUCUGCUAGAGGAAUAUGUCCAUAUAGUCCACAUUUUAAUGUUACUUCAUUAGAAGCAAAUGGGUUAUUUACAGCUACUUAUGAGUGGGAUUAUGGUCCUUAUCCAAUAAUAUCUAAAAAAACACUUCAACCGAAUAUUCAAAUAAGAACGCCACAUAAACAUUUAAGUCACUUAAGUGAAAGGUUCAAAAAUGCCAUAUCUAAAUAA